AUGACCAGGGAUAAACUUCCUUCAGAGGUCAGGUUUGAUAAAGAAAAAAAAUCUGACUUUACUUGGAAUGUCGCGGCAAUGGGUGAAGAAACAUAUGUGGACUCCUGGAGAGAUAUGAUUCAGUCCUGGAAAAAUCUAGAAGAUUUCGCACAGUUACUUAGAAGAUAUGACACCAAGGAAACUCCAAUAGGGAAUGUGAUGCAAAGCUGGAAUACGGAUGACAUGUUUGGCUAUCAGUUCUUGAAUGGCUGCAAUCCUGUCAUGAUCAGAAAAUGUGUAGAACUUCCAGACAAAUUUCCAGUCACACAUGAGAUGGUGAAGGGUUCUCUGCAGAGAGGUCUCACAUUACAAGAGGAAAUAAAGGCAGGAAACAUCUACAUAGCAGAUUAUGAAAUCUUGAAUUAUCUGGAAGCCAAUAAGACAGACAAAUGGCAAUACUAUUUGACUGCACCCAUCUGCCUACUGUACAAAAACAGACUGGACCAAAUCGUGCCAAUUGCCAUUCAGCUCAGACAAACACCAGGGGGAAAAAAAACGAUCUUUCUCCCAGACGAUAAGAAAUACGAUUGGAUGCUUGCCAAGAUGUGGGUGAAAUCUUCCGACUUUAAUCUACAUGAGCUGUCCACACAUCUUUUCAAGACACAUCUGAUAUCAGAGGUUUUUGAAAUAGCCAUGUACAGACAGCUCUCUACGGUCCACCCUGUGUACAAGUUACUGAUACCUCAUGUCCGGUUCACAAUGGCAAUCAAUGCAGAGGCCCGUGACAAACUCAUCCAUGAAGAAAAUGGGAUCUACAGAAAGAUUAGCAGCAUAAGUGCAGAUGGGAUUAAUACCUUAAUGAAAAGAGCCAUGAAGGCUUUAACCUACAAGUCCCUGUGUUUCCCUGAGGAAAUAAGAGCUCGAGGAAUGGAAGAUGCACCUAAGUACUAUUAUAGAGAUGAUGGUAUGAGGAUCUGGGAGGCAAUAAAGAGUUUUAUUACUGAUCUGGUCAAAAUCUACUAUGACAGCGAUGAGGCUGUUAAAAAAGAUGUAGAGAUUCAAGCAUUUGUUGAGGACGUUUGCCAGGGCUUGCGGGGACAUAAAGAGUUUCCACGGUCUCUGAAUACUCGAGCGGAGCUAAUAGAGUACCUGACCGCUAUGAUAUUCAACGCUUCAGCACAGCAUGCUGCAGUCAACUUUGGGCAGUAUGACUGGUAUGGCUGGAUCCCCAACAGUCCUUCCUGCAUGCGCAAGCCGCCUCCCAAACAGAAGGGUCAAGUGAAUCUGAAAUAUAUCAUGGAUACUUUGCCUGACUCUGAUUGUUCCCGUGUGGUUCUAGGAAUCGUUUGGACCCUUAGUCAGUUCCAGAGAAAUGAGCUGUACUUGGUUACAGACAAAAUAUAUAAGCACUUCACGGAGCAACCAGUGAAGGAAGCCAUCAAGACCUUCCAGGAGAAACUAGGUGAGGUGGAAGACCGCAUCAAGUGCCGAAAUGAAAAAUUACCAAUACCUUAUGGUCUCCGAACCCAGGCCGAAGCUGUGAUACUGACCCUAGUUCACUGUGAGUGUGAAGAUUGCGUGUUUGUCAGUAAUCAUAUCCUAGGCCGAGAAAAGAGCCCUGUGUACGAGGAGCCGAGUGGUGGUGUUGGACGGCCGUUUCAUACCUCCUACAGGUCCCGAGCCAAGGGCUCGUAUCGAUGUCGGACUGUUUCCAUUGACUGUUGGAAAGUGAAAGCGUCUGGGAGUUCUCCAUUUAAUCAUCAUCAAGCAUGGUCUCAAGUGCAGACGAUCCCACACUUUCACUGCUGUUACUGUACAAAUCCAGCCUCUGGACAACCUCCCAUUGGCUGCAGCACCACCUUCAUCCCCAGCAUCGGCAUCCCCACCUUUAUUUCCCCUCGACAUUGGAACAUGUCUGUACUGAUUUUGAGGUCUGUGGAUGUGCUGUACACUGUUCCCUUAGGGAAGGACGCGGGAGCCGUUGACGGUGAGACUCGAAGGAAGGAGAAGAGAGGUGCCGCCCUCCGUCCAGGAGUAUCCGUGGGAGGAUACCAGCGCAUUGUGAUCAUCCCAGUAGAAGGAGAGUUAACCUGUAAAGUGGGACCCCCGGUGCGUCAACAGUCGCCUAUACCGAUCCCAAGCGUGGGCAGUGGGAGAUCAUAUCUGCGAGACUGUGUGACACGCUCUGAAGAGGGACGGAGAGCCUUAGUUCAUGUGACCCUUUACCUCUGCCUGGAUUACCUUAUCUGCGGACUUAACCCAUCUUGCUCCCCAGUAUGGCCCGAGGAGGACGCCAGGGACCUUAAGGGGCGAGAGAAGAAACAAACCUCUCAGACCAGAGAAGAGGAGGGCGCCACGGAUAGCAGGGACCCUUCAGGAAAGGAGUCCUAG